AAGGGUGACUCAGCAGUUGCAUACAUUUAUGACAAAACAAGUGUCCUGUGUAUCAUCUUUCCAUCUCUCAUCUAUCUGGUUUCCAUUGAAACAAAAGUCAGGCAGCAAAGCUGAUCAAACAAAGCAAAGCAAAUUAAGGAGAUCAUGGAUUUCACCCCUAUUUCCAAGGACAAGAAGAAAACCACGCAGCAAUCAAUGCUGCUUUGCUGCAAGCUCUACAUCUCUGAAUCGCGAAACAAAGCAGCUAUCGACUCAAUCGAACAGGCAGCCAAGCUUGAUCCAGAAACGGUCAUUGUUAACAAGUUUGAUGACCGCGCUUACAACAGAGCCAGGUAUACACUUGUAUCAUAUGUCGCUCAUGAUAGCACAGGGUGCCCCGUUUUCAGCCCCUUGCAGCAAACGGUUCUAGCUGUGGUCGAGGCUGCCUAUGGAGCCAUCAACCUUGAAUCGCACUUGGGGGCACACCCACGGCUCGGAGUGGUGGAUGACAUUGUCUUCCAUCCACUGGCUCAAGCAUCAUUGGAUGAAGCUGCUUGGAUUGCUAAAGCAGUGGCAGCAGAAAUUGGCAAUAGAUUCCAAGUUCCAGUGUAUCUAUAUGCUGCAGCACACCCAACCGGGAAGGCUUUGGAUACAAUCAGACGCGAACUGGGCUAUUACCGGCCCAACUUCAUGGGCAACCAAUGGGCCGGAUGGGCCCAACCGGAACUUCUCCCUGAGAAACCCGAUGAAGGGCCAACCCUGGUUUCUCGAUCUAGAGGCAUUGUGAUGAUUGGGGCCCGCCCAUGGGUUGCCACAUACAACGUACCCAUCUUGUCCACAGAUGUGUCGGCUGCAAGACGGAUUGCGCAGAUGGUGAGUGCUCGAGGGGGCGGGCUCCCAACAGUGCAAACACUUGGCCUGGUUCACGGCGAGGACUCGACUGAGAUAGCUUGCAUGCUCUUGGAGCCCAACCAAAUCGGAGCUGAUCGGGUCCAGAACCGAGUUGAAAUGCUGGCGGCCCAAGAAGGGCUGGAUGUAGAGAAGGGUUACUUCACUGACUUCUCACCUGAGAUGAUCACUGAAAGAUACAUGAAAUUGAUCUCCACUGACCCUAACUAAUUGGAGAAUUGCUGUAACAUUCAACGAUGUCGUUGAAUGAAAUGAAAUCACAUUAACAAAAGCCCAAAUUGUAAGAUUUUCAGACUAUAAAUAAAUUGCGGUAUUUCUAUUGUCAGCCAAGUGCGUUGACAAUAAGACAAUAAGCACACAGGAAAAUAAGGAAAACACAUAUUUCUAUAUAUUUUUUUACACUUUUUAAUACAAAUUCACACUUGUUAUUGUCA